CCUGAAAACAUAUUUCGAAGCCACUUGUCUGAUACAAAAUGUUUUCAGUGAAAGUAACCACAGCAUUAGUUGCUCUGGCAGCAGUAGUUGUUCUGAUUACCGAAUCCGAAGCGAAUCCUCAAAUUGACAUCUUGGGUGGGUACGAUAUGAUUGGGGUCUGCUUCAACAAUUGCGCUCAGUGCAAGAAGAUGUUCGGCGAGUUCUUCGAAGGCCACCUGUGCGCCGAGGCUUGCAUCCAAUUCAAGGGCAAAAUGGUACCGGACUGCGAAGACAUCAACUCAAUUGCACCGUUUCUCAACAAGCUCAACUAAACGUGUUACUCCUGCCCAGCUGACCUCUAACCCGAUGGACCUCAUCUAUCAGAAAUAAAUUCCCAGAUCGUAACCUGCCCGCAUAUCGGUUUAUUUGUUUUGAAAUCGCCCAAACUAAAAACCAGAAGUAAAAUGCUCCCUUUUGAAUGUUCACAAAUAAAUC